AUGCCACAUUGUCUCCAGAGUGAGUCACAGGGAGACUCGCCAUUUCAAACAGGUUUCAUGUCCGCAAGGGAGCGAGGAGGCAACGGCGCGGCAACCGAGCACUCGCUGCACAGUUCGCACUCCCCUCAGCGCAGUGCCGCGGCGUCCACCAAGUGCCCGCUUCCCAUCUACGAGGCGCUUCUACAGAAGGGUCGACUAAUGCAGGAGCAUCGAGAGCGGCUUCGCCAGGAGGCAAUCGAGCGAGAGAUGCGUGAGGUGCGGCCGGCACCACGCGUCGCCAUCUCGGCGGCCCCGCUACCCGUGGAAGCGCCCCGCUCUGCACGCCGCCUUCCCCCCAAGGGUCAACGCAUCGAAGACAGACUGCUUCAGAGGGCCAAGGAAAAGCACGCGCUGGAGGAGAAAGCGGGGCAGGUGCGGGCGGAGCGCGAGGCUGAGGAACUGGCGGUCAUCGCCCCUUUUCAUCCUCACAUCUCAGCCCACGCCCUGGCGACCAAAUCCCGUUACAAGGAGCCACCACCCGACCGGGCUACGUGGCGGGCGAGGCGGUUGGCGGAGCUCGCGCAAAUGCGCCAGAGUUCGGAUGCGGAGAUGCUGGAGGAGCUCCAGGAUGUGCCAUCCAUCAACCCACGCUCUGCGAAGCUCGCUGCCCUGCGGAAGGCGAGAGAGGAUCUAGAUGGGGUGCCCGUGCCGGAUGCCCUCCUUCUCAGUGAGCAUCGCCGUCGAUUGGCUCAGUGGCAGGCAGCUGAGGCGGAGCGGGAGGCUCAGUCGCACGCAGGCCCUUCCAUCACUCGGCACGCCGCACGUAUGCGACGCGUCGGCUGUGUUGGCGAUCGCCUGCAUGCGGAAAGCUACGAGGUUGCGAUUCGCCUCUUGCAGCGCGAGGUGGCGUGGCGCGAGGCUCACACACCGUUUCAGCCGCUCGUCACCCCGCUAGGCGCUGUCACGGCGCCACGAUAUCAACGUGAAGGUGACACAGGCGCGCAUAAACGAACUCUAGAGGGUUCCCGCAUUUUCUCGCGUCAGAACUCGGCGCCAAGGGACUCCUUUCAGCCCUCCAUCAACCCUGUUAGUGCGGCGAUUGCGCAGCGGCUGCCGGAGACGGCAAUGGAGCGGCUGUGUCGGCCCAGCGCUGUCCAUUCUCUUUCCUCCUAUGUCGAUCCCGCCAGCUUAACGGACGUGUCUGGUGUGUCGCCGUCUAUUGCCGCACGUAGCCAGACACGUUGCUGCUUGCUGCGUAUGCCAUCCUCGCACCCGCAGCACAGUGCGGUGUCGAACACCCUUUCCGCGACGUCAGGUGCUCUUCCCAGCUCUGUUGUUGCCUCUCUGGAUGCUUAUGAGCGCCGGCGACAGAGGCGGCUGGAGGCGCUGCGCAAGGAGCAGGCGGAGCACGAGCAACGGGAGUGCACGUUUCAGCCGCAGAUCAACGCACACGCGUCGUCUUUGACGGACGUCUUCGCGAGCGCGAGCGGCCAGCGUGGCCCCAGCGCCGUGGCGCGGCGGAACGGCGAGUGGCAGCAGCAGCGAGAGCGGCAUCUCGAGACGAUGCGGCAGUGGCAGGCGGAGCGGGCGGCGGCAGAACAGACGAUGGAGACGCGCGUGAGGGGUGGCGCUCGCACGGCGGUGGCCUCCUCCUCGUCGCUGUCUUACAGCGUCUACGGUGGCGAUGGUACUCCGUGGGGCGUGGAGGAGUACCUUGCCAGGCAGAAACUCGCGCGUGCGAUGCGACAGAGGACGCAGGAGACUUGGGAGCGUCAAAUCGUCGCUGUCGAUGAACGAGAUCACGCAUCUUUCUCAUCAGCGCCACCUCCAGCCAGGAGGCAAAUGGGGCUGGAUCACUGCGUGCAGAGUUCUAGCAUGGUGGGCCGAAGACCCUCUAGCAUUCACAGUUCGCGGCCGGCUGUGUCCGCGUCUCGGGAGGCAUCCAUUGCCCAUUCGCUUGCCACCGCGGAAAAAGCUUCUAGCGGCGGCGGCUGGUGA